CUGCGCGGGGGACCCGGUCCCGCCCCGGGGGCGGUCGGGGGCGGCCGGCCCGUCCCCUUUAAGCGGCGCGGCGGAGGGUCCCGCCCGCUCAUUUCCGAGCACGCAGGAAGUGCAGGCGGCUCCGCGCCGGCCCGCGCGGUUCUGUCUUCGGUUUGCUGACUCAAACCACAGAUUCCAAGGAAAGGAGGGGAAGUGGAAUAAAGUACUCAAGUGCCAGAGGAAAAGCAAGACUAGCCAAUGAAAAUUACUAUUACUAAACUGUAGAUUGCUCUCACACAUAGUGGGGGGGGGAAAUUGCUGUCUGUUCAAAGCUUACAAAAUUACUUUUGCAGAUUUCCUUCACAAAACUUCAAAUAAGCUAGUCCCCUUCAACUAGGGCUGAAUUAGGAAAUGGAAAUAUGAUUCCUUGCUGGUGUCUUCCAUCUUCCUCUGCCUUUGCAGUUUUUUUUUGUUUGGGGUAGGAAAUCCCGAACAAAUUGUAUGGCGUCAGCCAGACUUACAGUUGAUGGUUAUGGAUGACACAAGAACUUCAGAUUUACAUCUCUGCAAUGACACCUGAUUAAAGCAAAGCUUGAAAAGUGCUCAUCUGCUACGUUACCAGAACUUGUAGUAGCUAUUACAGUUGUGUUUUCUCUCUAAGAUUUGAAAUCAGGGGUGAUGUCCCCUGGAAAGCAAGAGCAGAUAAGUCAUCUUUUAGGAUUGGAAACAGAAAUAAUAUGAGAAUGCCCAGAAGAGGCUUAGUAAUUCAAGCCAGGACUCGUUGGCUAUUGGUGGGCCUUGCUUUACUAUUCAGUUUAGUUUUGCUCAUGUAUUUGCUGGAGUGUGCUCCACAAACAGAUGGCAAUGGAUCUCUGCCUGGUGUCGUAGGUGAAAGCAUGGGUAAAGAAUACUAUCAAGCUCUCUUGCAGGAACAAGAAGAGCAUUAUCAAAACCGAGCUACCAGUCUGAAACGUCAGAUUGCCCAGCUAAAGCAAGAGCUUCAGGAAAUGAGUGACAAAUUGAAGUCCCUGCAGGAAAAAAAAAACCCAAAGGUCAAUGGUAUGAGCUACCAGGGCACCAAAGAACAAACAUCCAAUGAUCUCCUGGAGUUUCUUCAUUCCCAGAUUGACAAAGCUGAGGUGAGCGUGGGGGCCAAACUGCCUAGUGAGUAUGGAGUCAUUCCUUUUGAAAGCUUUACAUCCAUGAAAGUGUUCCAGUUGGAGAUGGGGCUCACUCGGCAUCCAGAAGAGAAACCCGUUAGAAAGGAUAAACGAGAUGAACUGGUGGAAGUUAUCGAGGCUGGCCUAGAAGUUAUCAAUAAUCCAGAUGAAGAAGAUGGACAAGAUGAAGAUGAUGGAGUAGGAGACAGGCAGCUGUAUAGUGAAAAUGAUUUUAUCGAAGGUUACUAUCGUACAGAAAGAGAUAAGGGGACACAGUAUGAGCUGUUUUAUAAGAAGAUGGAUGGCAUGGAGUACAGGCAUGUCACCUUGUUCCGACCUUUUGGACCCCUCAUGAAAGUGAAGAGUGAAACAGUCGAUAUUUCUAGAUCGAUCAUUAACGUUAUUGUUCCUCUUGCUGGAAGAACUGAGGCAUUUGCACAAUUUAUGCAAAACUUUAGGGAUGUGUGCAUUCAUCAGGAUAAGCGUGUUCACCUCACAGUGGUGUACUUUGGACAAGAUGGUCUGUCAGAAGUAAAAAGCAUCCUAGAAUCUGUAGCUAGAGAAACUGACUUUCACAAUUACACGCUUGUCUCUCUGAAUGAGGAAUUCAACCGAGGCCGAGGACUUGACAUGGGUGCCAGAGCCUGGGAAAAGGGCGAGGUCCUGAUGUUCUUCUGUGAUGUUGAUGUUUAUUUCACAGCCGAAUUCCUCAACAGCUGUCGCUUAAAUGCUGAGCCCGGAAAGAAAGUUUUCUAUCCUGUGGUAUUCAGCCUUUACAAUCCUGCUAUUGUCUAUGCCAAUCAAGAUAUACCACCUCCUGUGGAGCAGCAAUUGGUACACAAGAAGGAUUCUGGUUUCUGGAGGGAUUUUGGCUUUGGGAUGACUUGUCAAUAUCGGACAGACUUUCUGACUGUUGGGGGUUUUGACUUGGAAGUGAAAGGCUGGGGCGGCGAGGACGUUCACCUGUACAGGAAGUACCUGCACGGGGAGCUGAUGGUGAUCAGGACGCCGGUGCCCGGGCUGUUCCACCUGUGGCACGAGAAGCACUGCGCGGACGAGCUGACCCCGGAGCAGUACCGCAUGUGCAUCCAGUCCAAAGCCAUGAACGAGGCGUCGCACUCGCACCUGGGCAUGCUGGUGUUCCGCGAGGAGAUCGAGGCGCACCUCCGCAAGCAGGCCUACAGGACUAACAGCGAGGCCGUGCGCUGAGGGGCUCCCCGCCCGCUCCUGACUGCACAUUCACAGUCAACCAGCAUCCUGUUACAGCCUUAAUUCAGCUCACAAAUGCAGUGCCUCUCUUUUUCGGUGAAGAAGAGUUUAGAGAGUUUUUGGUUCUCGUGUUUGUUUUCUGAGUAAUCCUUUGAUAGGCUCUUACCUACGCAUCCUGUGAGUUCAAGCACCUCAGAUAAAUUGGAUGGCAUAUGUAGUUCAAGGAAAGUGUUUUCAGUAUCAACUGGAAAAAUCUGUGGAAUGUACAGUUCAACACUUUUCCAUGUGGUACAUUUCUGUUCUUAUAUUUGCAUUCUUUUGAGAAUUAAAUGAAAUAAUCUUUCGUGUCUUGAGUAUUUUCAGUCUGUAUGGCUCACUGCACUGUGACUUUAGAAGGAUACUAUACUUAGACUCUGUUGUAGAAACAAGAGAAAGGUGUGGGAAAAUAAUCUCACCAUGCUGACCAGUACAGCAGCUGUGGAAGGUGCUGAUUCCACAGCAAGGGCUUGGUGCCACAUUUGCUGUAUUGACAGACAUUGACAUGGUUGAAUAGAGAAUAAUUUGGGGAGGUGGGAAUGAAAAUCCCUUUAAGUGGAAUUUUAGAGCAUAUAAUGGAAGUUCACACUGCGAAGGAAAUGCCACCUUCUUAUUUCAGUGAUAGAUCAGACAAGUUGGGAACAUUGCAGCUGGGUGUUUCUGUGCCUGCUCUUUUCCCACAGCAGAUGCCAUAUCUCUUCUAGAAACUGAGCUGUGCUAUUAAACUUGUUUGUUCAAAUAAUUUUGCCCCCACUCGUUAUUCCAAGGCCCUGCCUAUGUAUCUCAUCUGUUAAGUUGAGGAACUACCUUAUAAUUCCCAUACGAAUUUAUUAGUGGCCUGUUUGCUAGUGUGCCAGUAUUUUCCUUGUGCAUUCUUUUAUUUUGGGCAUUUUCCUGACAUGUUUUUGUAAUGUGUCAUAUACUUAUAGUUGUUUCAGUGACUGAAAAAACAAGUGCUAUUACAGUCUUCCUUUAUACAAUGCUCUUCGUUACACUGAUCAUUCUAGCAGCCUUAUUUCUUCACUUUUUCAGUUUGCAGAUGUUUUAGGGUUUUGGUUCUUUUUCCUCUGGGUUUUCCUUUUGGUUUUUGGUUUUUUUUGGGGUUUUUUUUUUUUUUUGGUUUUUUCUGUUUGGGGUUUUGGGGUUUUUUUUGGGGUUUUUUUUGGGUUUUUUUUGGUUUUUUUUUUUUUUUUUUUUCCUUAUUGGGAUUUUUGAGCAUGUUUAAGCAGAAUUAUGCUGUGGUUUCAUUAGUGCCGUGUACAAUGGCACUACUACUUUGGUACUUACCUUUUGGGUGUUUUGGGAUGCAUAAACAGUUCAAACACAGGCAGGUCAUUUUUCUCCAUUUUCUUAUAUGAUACCAUAUGGCAUGCCUCAUUUUUUAAUACAUUUGUUUAUAGAAUGAAUGCAGAGAAUGCUAAUUCGGUGGUUAAACCAUUUGCAUGGUUUCUGCUGAAUAUAGAUAUUAGUUGAAAACCUUUCUCAAACCAGGUAAUUAAGAUCUGUUUAUGGAUUUAUUUUGCUCAAGAAUUCUGAAGGCAAUUUAAGAUUUAAAUGAUUGAUUUCUGAAUAGCAGAAAUGCUGUGCAAAUAGUUCUGGGCACUGAUCCUUUUUUAUAUGUAUAUAAAAUUUGCCUUUAUGUAACUUAUUGUGGAGAACAGUGUACUGUAUUGUACUUAGAGUGAAGAGAAUGCAUUGCAGGACUUCUUGCAAUUUAUAUUCUCAAUAUAAUAAAUGGAAUUUCUGCAUUUUAGAAAUUGUUUUAAGCUGUUUCUCUGAAAUAUGCUUUUACAAAAAUAUGGUACAGAGCAUAACACACUGGAUUCAAAUAAUAUUUGCAGUGAAAAAUUCAACCAGCUCACUUUUGCAUCUCGGGUGUCUACUCAGACCAGAGAUGAGAGUUUGUUCCUUGAACAACUUAGAUUUACACCAGAUUUACCUUAUCGUGGUUGUUGCUAACAAAAAUUGUAAGGUAUGGAUGACUACAAGAUGAAAUACAUUGGUGUUAUGACUUGGGGUGAAGAUACAAGUGGGGCAUUCUCCUGAGACUCCAGCCUUUAAAACUUCAGGACAGCUGCUGCUGUCCUGGGGGCACAAGAAUAAACAUCCAAAAAUGCCUCUCGCUGACACCACUGCUGGUUGACAUGCCCUGGAAUGGACACAGAGGUAGGGCAUAGGCCCAGCAUUGCUGCACCUCAGCUCUCAGCACUCAGAAUGCUGCCCAGGAGGAUCCAGUUGUCCCUGUUCUCAUGUUUUGGAAACAUGGCAGAGUGCUGGUAUCCAGGUGUCUCAGGUUCUGCUGUUUUCCACUGUGUGGUUGGGCUUAGCAGCAGCAGCGAGGGAGAUCGGUGUCAGCUGGUCCCGUCCGGGUGAUGAAAACCGAGGCAUGCUCUUUCCCAGGAAGAUGGGUAACUCUUCUUGGAUGUGUUUCCUAACUUCAUCCAAGAAAGAAAGCAAGUUAGUUGUACUUCAAAUACAAAACUCUCUUGCUUGGGAACAAGACUUGGCUUUUCCAAGGUGUGCUCUGCCUGCAGAGGAAGAAUAAGCCCCGCACUGGGGGGGUUUGUUUAGCUUGGGCUGCUGCUGGGGCACUGCAGAGAAGAGUGACAGUCACAAUCUGUGCCCAGGGUCGGUGCUUGGGUUAUAUGGCCGAGUGCUGGGCCUCAUCCUCCUGUUUUGACAGAUGCUGUUUACAUAACACACUUUUUUUGAGUGGUGGUCCAAGUGAUUUCCUGGAGGAGUCACUGUGUUUUAGUGCUAGAGUAGUAAAUAUAGUAACACUUAUUUAAAUAGGAACAUGCUCCACUGAAUCAUGAAUUAAUUUUGAUUCUGUUGCGUGCUAGUCACAGAAAUUGUAACCUUUUCCAAGGAAUUUGCAAGCUGUAGUCUUCCCUAGAGAGAAGUGUUCUUCAUUAAAGGAAAUCAAGAUGAGAUUAGCUCAGCGUGAACUUUUACUUUAGACUAUUGCAGGAACAAAUGUGGGUUGUGCUUUUGAAAUUGUUUAAAAAUAUGUUAUGCAAUAAGACCCGUAGAUACCAAUUUCAGCAGAUACAGAUGGAAAACACUUAGGGGAAAUAGUUCUGGGUCUCCUGCAUACAGAAGAAAAUACUGGGAUUUUUUAUUUCCAUAAAAGCCUUUGGACUCUGAGAUGAACACACUUAUGAAAAUCAAAACUUAUUUGUAAACUAUGUUCAAGAAGAGAAUGGCAUCAGGAGGAAAACAGAAGUAGUAGGUGAGCCCUAACCACUUGUAUCUGAAUGCAGACAUUUAAAUGGUUUUAGUUCAUGCCAAAGUAUAAACUAGAACAAAAUUUUUGCCUUGUCUGAUCCAUGAAUGAAGGUAAUAAAGCUUCAAAUAACCUUUAAAAUGGUGUUUCAGCAUAAAUUAGUAACUUAUUGAUUUAUCAGUGUAAUGAUGAAAGCUUUCUGUGUAUCAAAGAUGAGCGUAGCUUUCAUUUGCCUGUGGUCUUCUUGCUGAGUGUGACUUCCAAAUACAUCUUGAGAUAAAUCAUUCAAAUUUUACUCAGCUGUGAAGGAAAAUGAGGAUAAUGAGCUUAAGCUGUGCUUAGUUCAUGCCCUAACGAUGCUCACCUUUUCCUUGUUAGGCCUGAUUACAAACUAAAGGACUCCACCUGUUCUGACUGGAAAAGCCUCACAGGAAAGGAGACUUUGAUAGAAUAGUUUUUUUACAUUUCUGCGAUUGCAGUGGCUCUGCAGAGCUUUGCCUUUGUGAUAUAGCACAAUUUUGUUGAAAGCCUGGCACUGAGCCGGGCAUUUGGGCUGUGUAGAGACACACCUGGGAGCCAUGCAAGCACCCACAGAGCCCCAGUGCCCUGGGCUUCCCAUGGCCCGGGCUCCAGCUGAUGGGAGUUUCAGCAUCAUCAUUGCCUGGGGAGCUGGAGAUGGGCCAGCCCUGCUCUGGGCAGUGGCAGAGCAGUGGUGCCCUGAGCCAGCAGCAGAGACUGCUGAGCCCUGCGGGGCUGCGCUGCCCCAGGUGCUGCCCAUAAUAACCCUGGCAGCUGGGCUUAAUUAGCCUGGGCAAGGACUGCCUCCCCUCACUUGGGACCUGAAGCUGCUAGAGAAGGGUUCUGCUUCUUUUCCAAGAAAUGUGUCUCCUGGGUUUGAGUAAGGUGAGUGUUUUAUUGUUAUUUUUGAGUUUGCACUAGCAAGGGAGCGGCUUUUACCUUUUGGUCAGGAGACCUUAUUUGCUUCUGUAGAGGUUGGCCUAAAGAGCAGGGGUGGUAGCUGGGAUCUCCAUGGAAGUGCUGUGCAGCAAAAGUACUUCUGACCUGCAGGUAGAAUGUUCAAUAAAUCCCUUUUAUAUUUAAGCCUAAGUGUUUGUAUAAGGUUUUAUUAAGACACAGCUUUGUCUUGGUUAGCUCAGUCUCUUCCAGGGUAAGGUAAAGAAGUCGCCCUGAACUUGAAGUUUGUGGUCAUUUAACUGGUUUAUUUGAGCUGAUCUAAAUGUGUUUGUUAUGUGUUUUUUCUGGAGCAUUUUCAGCUCUUACAGCUUCAAGGUUGCCUUGUAUGUAUACAGGACUUGUACGUAACAUAUCACUAAAAUGUUUUAACCUAUGUCCUCUCAGCUUUCUCUAUAAAUGCUGUAAAAACUCUUUGCUGGUGCAAGUUAACUUAGCAAAGGGCUUUAGAAUUUUCUUUAAUAGGUAGAAUACUUUGCAUUUGUAUUUGACUUGCAGGUAAAAGAGGACAUUAACUCAUUCCUCAUUCAUUUGUGAGGGUCUAUUUUGGCGUUUCUUUGUCGAUUGUUUUGCCAUUUGCACAUCCAUGGUGGGAGGAUGUGCUCUUUACCAGACUUUGAGUGGAAGUGCUGUGUUAAAAAAGGCUGUGUCUGUGGAGUGGAAUUUAAGGCAGAGGCUAUGGAACAGCCUUCAUGGAUGUGCUGUCAGACCUGGCUCCUGCUGAAGGCAGUGGCAAGUGUGGCCUGGCAGCAAAGUCCCAGCUGUGAAACAACAGGGGAGCUUCUCCUGUGAGGAGAAGGGGGGAAAUGAGAUUGUCCCAGCGUGAUGGAUGUGGAGGAGGCAGGAGGGGAAGCUGAACAGGGCUGUGGAAACACGAGCUAACAGGCACAGCAUGGCUGUAGCCCUGUGAGAGCCUCAGCUCUUUGCAGAUUUCCUGCAGCCUUAUGCAAGCUUCAGUGGCUUCUUGCUGGCUUCAUUACAAUCCAUGGGGAAAAUGACUGUUAAAAGGAUAGUCUGAAGCAAAAAUAAAACCCUUUGAGAUUGUUUGAUGCUCAGGAAGGCUCUGGAGAGCAGCUCUGAGACAGCUUUGGCUACUCUCAGGUUGUGAGUCACAGCUUUUCCUGGGGUGGUAGCUGGGAUGGUGUUUUGGCCUGUAAAUGCAUCCAUGGAACAGAUGUUGGGGGGGUUGUGUUUGUGUGCUCUUAAAAAUCUUCUCAAAGUGAUUUUCUUGGCUGCUGGAUUAUUGUAAAAUUCUUUUUGGAAUAUUUGGGUAGUCAAAAUUUCUAAGUGAAGUUCGAGGUGUAUAGAAAAAUGGAUUUGUUUGCAUCUGUCAAAUUAUUAAUUGCUUGCUUGGAUUUUAUGUUUUUGAAAUGUUUUAGAAGUGGUUUGUUUUUUUUCCAAACUGAGAUCAGGUCAUCAACAGUGAGCUAUUAUGUCCCCAGACAAGAAUAAUUCACCGUUUCAUUAAGUUCUGGUAUUGCUAUAAACAUCCAAUACUUCAGUCACAAUUGUGUUUGCUGAGUUCCUCAGUGCUCUGUUGCUGUUCCUGAGGAUAUGUUGUAGUUUGUUCUUUGAUUUAAUAGAUAUUUGUGGAAUAUUGUGAGCAGUAUCUUCUUUGAAUUGAACGUAAACUAUGGUGUGUAUAUCUUUUAAAGGGAACUUACAAUGUUGAUACUGAUGGAUAGCAGGAUGCUAUAUUUAAUAUGCCACAGAAUCAGAAGAGGCCGCAGUGUACUUAUGUGACGGGGAUUAAAAAGAUAUUAAGUAGUUUUCUCUGUAAUGAGAUUCUGUUGGAACUCAUUUGACUUCUGCCCCCAAACAGAAUUACAUCACUUUUAAGAUUGCUGCUUAAUCCGAAGCAGCUAGAUAAGAUUAGACAUAUUAGAAGCAAAUUUCCACUAAAUUUCAAGUUUCUUCUUUUCUGUCCUGGAUUAGGUGAGGAUGUUUGAAGCUGGUGCUUUGGUUUGUGUUCACUUUCAUAUUCCUUUCAAUCCUGUAAAUGGUCUCCAGGCCUAGUGCUGAAGUAGGUUUGCAAACAGACUCCUCUGUGUGGCCUCAGACCUGGGUCUUGGCUUUUUUGUUUGUGUGUGUAUUAAGUUUUGGGUUGUUUGGGAGGUUUGGUUUCCUGGUAGGUGCUACUAAUAGUUUCAAGUAACUGUGCACUGUUUUUGCCAAACACUGUUUCUGACAGGACUUCUCUAUUUCGGUGCUUUUUAUUAGUGGCUGUCAGGAGCCUGAAUGCUGUGAAGUAUGCAUCCUAAUAGAUCAGAAACUGUAUUUAUUGGCUGUUGCAUUUCCUGGUGGUUUGAAUAUCUUCUGCAUCACAUGUCUGAAGGAGUGGGCAGAAUAAGCCUCUGACUGUCCAGCACUCCCUGCUUGACACAGAACUUGAUUGCUUCUGAUAUUUCUUUACAUAAAUAAACCAAUAUCCCUAAGUUACCUUACAGCAAUCAACUGCAUCAUUUUCUGCGCAGAAGCUGAAUGUGCUGUUAGGAAGCCAUAGAAACAUUGAUGACAAAAAUUGCUUGUAACAUUGGAAAUGCUAGAAAUGCUUCAGUUAUUGUUACCAUGUUAGAGGGAUGGUUAUAAUUUUUGUUGUACCUUCACGUUACUGCAGAACUACACCCCCAAAUGUGGUUUCUCUCUCUUCCAAAGCCCAAGGUCCACCUGGGGAAGCAGUGAAGGACAGCAAACCUCUGCACUCUCAGGGAACCUCUGUCAGAGCACAUAGGAAUCUGCUGGAAUCUCAAAACAUUCCCAGUUAUCCCUGCCUUGCCAGGGACAAGCAUGAAGGAAGCUAUUGCUAAUAUUUGCAUGCUUACUGGUGUGGAAACUUCCUUGAUAACAUGCAUUAACAGCUGCAGAUGAAUUCUUCCUGUAAUUUGAUUUUUAAAAAUUAUUUAAGUAUCUUGCUGUCCACACAGCCCUAUUCAAUUGCUGCAGAGAACAAGGUAAAAACUGUACUUCUACACACUGCUUGUAGGUUGUUCUGGUUAGCUGGGAAACUGGGGCUGCCCUGAUAAAAUUCCAUACAUUGAAGGCUGAAGACAGAUCUGUCAGCACAUCCUCAGAAUUACUGAUUUCUCCCCAAAAGAUGUACCAGUAUCAGCUGGCAGCUAACUGCUCGGCUGAAUUCUGCCCUGUGAGUCAUUUGCUAAAAGAAAAUUGUUUCUUGGGAAUUAACAACUUGAUAAAUCAAAUUGCUGCUAACGUAACUAAGGAUACCUUACUGGCAUAGAGCUACUGCUUGUCACUCCGUGUUGUGCUCUAAUGGCAGUGAAGGGCCUGGAAAGCAAUUUUAUUGUUUACUCUUAUGCCUGUGUAAAUAGCUAAUUUAUCCUAAUGACUGGAUGGGACCUAAUUGGAAGUGAGUUUUCAAGGAUGUGAUAUUCAUAUUAAUUAUGACUGUGAACUGGCCAUCAGGAAGACUCUUAUCUGCUCAAUCCUCUAAAUGCUGGUAAACAUCAUUAUCUUUUCUAAUGAGCUGUGAUGAGCACAGCACUGUUCAGCUCUGCAAGUAUGGUGGGGGUGUCUGGUCACCAAAACCAUUUCCCCCAGAGUUUCCAACAGAUCAGAAAUGCUUAUGGGGACUUCCAGGGCUCCUGCAUUUCCAAGAUGCAGUUUGGUUUUCUUUUGCCAAGGUCAUAUCCCUGAAAAGGAGUGGCACUGGGGCAGAAGAGCUGGAUUUUGCUCACAGCUCCGUGCUGGCCUGUUCUCUGGGGGACCUUGCAGAGGUGGCUUUGUUCUGUGCAGCAGAAAGGGUGGUGGCUGCACAGAGGUGCUGGGGUGUGGAAAUGCCAACAGAACCUUGCCACAGGAAACCCUGCAGCCAGCUGCAGCCAGCAAACGUUGCUGUGCUCUGCUGUUCAAGUGAUAAAUACGGGGAGAAAAAUGAAAUUCAGCUCUUACGACACAAUAGGUUUUUACACAGUGGAACUGUUAAACAUUUCCAUUGAGAGAACAAAAAUAUUCUGUAGCACACACCCUAUGAAAUCCAUAAAAUACUGCUACAGAAAGAACACUAGAACUGGCAGUAUGCUGUUGGCUUAGUGUUGUUUUUGCCUCUGUUGAAAGAAAUUUAAAUAUUUAAUACUAUAGCUUUUCAAGUCAGAAGGUAACCAGUCGGUUCACUGUGACCAUGCUGCCUUUCACACCUCAUUCAGCUUCUGGGUUGUGGUUUGAUACAUUUGCAAGUGAAAAAUAACUGUGGAAAAAGUUAAUCAUGGUUGAAGCAAUUCCUUUUUUUAUUAAUGCAAGCACAUCCAGUCAAACACAGAAUAUCCUGCUUUAUGGUACAGCUUUAUAUUUAGCAUUUCAGCUCAGAAUAGCAAAACACGGUUUUUAAGGAAUGUAUCAAACGUAGGGAGGAAAAAUAAAAGGGAACCAAUGUAGAUACUGCAAGGAUUUCAAGUAUAUGCUUGGACUGAUUGACCGGCGAAGUGCACAUUCAUGUGAAAGCUCUUUCAUACAUUUACAGAAAGUGUUCUAAAAUUGAAUUUCAAAUAUAUAUUUUUUUCUUAAAUUUUAAGCAUCCCUUUUAAACUUCAAUUACAUAAACAAAGCUGAUAUACAAUCCCUCAUAUAGUGUCUGACAAUGUUACUAGCUAGAACGUCUCUGAAAGUGCAAAACACUGUAAUAAUACAGUAUAAAUAUUCUUACUGGAAUCCAGGGCUGAAGGCCAGAACUUCAGCACAGGAAAAAAUAGCAGCAGGUCAUAAGAAUUAUCCCUUCCCCUUUCCAGGCUGUUCUUGUUAACAGUUAGUAUUCUACUUCUUCUUUCCUCAUGGUGUAACUUGCUUUUGUUUCUCUUUGAUGCUAAUGCUAUGGGAAUAGCAAAAUGUUGAUUUGUCUCCCUUCCUUACAUCAACUUACUCCUCUAAUUGUAAGUAUUUGUCAAGGGGGAAGUGGAAGAGGGAAAACAUUUUAAUUUUUCACCGUGCUCCAGGGCCAAUAAUGCAAAUUUCUGCUAAGUGCUUGCAGAUGCUGCAUCAAACAGUGGCACUGCUCUUGGCUGUAGGCACUCGGGCAAGGAGUCUGCUGGGCUGGAAUCAACCAGACCCUCAGUCCAGCAAGUCUUGCCCCUUCUUCAACAGAAGGCAGAGUAAGAUAAACACCAAGAGCUGGUCAUUUUUAA